AUGCAGGACAAUGCUGAGGAAAUUUUCAGACGGAGGUUGAAAGACUUCCGAAACUUCCAGCCACCUACAUUUGAAGGUGGGGAUAAUCCUGAGGCUGUAGCAAGAUGGCUGCAGAUGAUCGAGCAUAUAUUUGAACGUAUGGGAUGUCCGGAACCUCAGAAGGCUGACUAUGCAUCAUACCAGCUGAUUGGUGAUGUUUUGACUUGGUGUACCAGUGCGAGGGCUCUGCUUCGAGCCCAAAAAGUUGAUCUGACUUGGGCUAUGUUCCGACGGGUUUUCCUCGACAAGUAUUUCCCAAAGGCCAUGAGAAGAAUGAAGCACACUGAGUUGCUGGCACUGCGACAGAAUAAUAUGACUGUCAAUGAAUAUAUUGCUAAGUUUGAGCAGCUGAUGGAAUAUGCCAACUUUGAUCGGAACAUCUACGAUGAAGAGUGGCAAGUGGAGAAAUAUGAAAGUGGACUGCACCCAGAGAUCCGGAAGCUCAUGCUGACUACAGCUAAUCGUACUCUGCCUGAAUUGAUUAAUCAGAGUCGGCAAGCGGAGGAAAUUAUCAAUGAAGCAAGGAAUCUGUCUAAACAGCUGAUGCAAUCUCAGGGAGGAAGUAAAGUGGGCCGGUUCUUCAGAAAAAUUACCGGAAUGAAUAGAGGCAAGGGUCCGCAGUUGCAAGCUCGGACUGGAAACUUCAAGAGGAAUAAUGCUCCUGGCAAUCAUCUGCCGAACGACAGGGUCCCAAUACUUGUACUACUUGUGGAAAUAAUCAUGUUGGAGUCUGUCGACGUGGAAGCAAUGCAUGUUACAAGUGUGGUCAGCCAGGAUAUUUUGCUUAUGAUUGCCCACAGAAUCCUAAUCAUCCUCCUACUCAGGCUCGGGUUCACCCUUGAUGCAAAUGAAGCUCAGAAGUAUCCUAAUCUGAUUCGAGGUAAUGUAAUUUUGAAUGGCUAUCCAAUAUCUGUUAUUUUUUAUUCUGGGGCAUCAGGUUCUUUUAUGGCAAAGCACACUGCUAUGAGAAUAGGCAUCACCUCAGCUCCGUUACCUUAUGAGUUACAAAUCAGUACUCCUACUGGAGGAUCUUGUACUGCAUCAGAAAUCUGCAGAGGGGUUAUUUUACAAUUUGAAGGAAACACUUAUGCAGUGAACUUAGUGGUUCUACCGGUAUUCAAUUUUGAGGUGAUUAUUGGUAUGGACUGGUUGACGGAGAACGGAAUAACAUUGGACUGUCAAGCAGGGAAAGUCAUAGUUCCUUCAAAAGAUGGUAAUUUUCAGCUUUUUGCUACUAUUUCUUUAUUACAAGUUAGAAAAGAGCUCCUUCGGGGAGUUGAAGGUUAUCUGUUGUUGAUUGAGUCUGAGACUUUGGUUGACAACCAAAUUCAGAAUGUUCCUGUUGUUAAUGAAUUCGAGGAGGUGUUCCCAGAUGAAAUUCCUCGAUUACCUCCUCAUCGGGAAAUAGAAUUUCCCAUUGAACUUAUUCCCGGAGUUGGACCUAUUUUCAUUGCUCCGUACCGUAUGGAACCUUUGGAACUUCGGGAGCUGAAGAAGCAGAUAGAAGAGCUGCUGUCAAAAGAAUUCAUCAGACCCAGUACUUCUCCAUGGGGUGCUCCAGCCAUUCUUAUUAAAAAGAAGGAUGGUAGUCUGCGAUUGUGUGUAGAUCACCGUCAGCUGAACAAAGUGACAGUGAAGAAUAAGUAUCUGCUCCCCAGAAUUGAUGAUUUGAUGGACCAACUGAGAGGUGCCAGAGUCUUUUCCAAAAUAGAUUUACGAUCGAGAUACCAUCAAAUCCGGGUCAAACCAGAGGACAUUCCAAAAAUAGCUUUUAGGACUCGAUAUGGGCACUAUGAGUACCAGGUGAUUCCGUUCGGAAUUACAAAUGCUCCGGCGAUAUUCAUAGAUUAUAUGAACUGCAUCUUCCGCCAUUCCUGGAUCAGUUUGUUAUUGUGUUCAUCGAUGACAUCCUGA